UGGAUUAAUAAAAAAAUUCACGAAAUUGGAGGCAUCAUAAUUGAUGAUAUGUGUCAGCACAAGGGAACAUCCCAUCAGUACACCAAUUACCACGAGUGUCUCCUCCGUCAUUGGGAAUCGGUAUCAGAGGUUGCAGCAAGCUUUGCACAAUCGACAACUGUGUACAAUGACACACUAGAUGGAGCUGCAGCCUUCCUCUUUAGCCUCGUACAAGCUCUUCGUUUGACAAUAUCUCCGAUUUCCGAAGCUUCUAAUUGCUCCUGGGUCAUUGACAGAGCAGUCUCAGUGCAAAUCUCUCAAACGCUGCGCAUUCUGCGAGGCCUUUUGGGUCACCAUGGCUGCGGUCUGUCGACAAGCAGGACCCCAGAUCGACGAGGCCAUUCCGAGGUCUGGGAGUUCAUGAAGCGCACCAAAAUGUCCGGUCGCACCUUCUACUUCCUACGGACCGUCAUUCACUUGAUGCAAAGCACCAAGGCUCUUGAAUACCUCCACCAGCUUCUCGACGCUUUCAUCUCUUUUGACCUGGGGAGCCGUGGUUGUGACCGCGUCCUCAUGCGGAUGCACUACUGUUCGCUCUGUGCCGGCUACCCCCUCGCACACCCCUGUCCCGCGUUCUGUGAGGCCUCGUUGACCCGUUGUCUGCGACCAAUCAGCGUUCUCCAAACAGCCUGGACCAAUGUGUUUGAUUUUGACUCGUCUUUAUUCCAGCUACCACCGAACUGCAAGUUGGAAAGACUCCACGGUGAUCAGGGCUUCGCUGUCGACACAAUCGCCUUUAUCAGCCGCACUUUCCGCACGACAGGCCAGACCCAAACUCUGCGAAUUUCCCACAAGUUACAAAUGCUGAAACAUUUGUGGACCAGUGCGCCAUCCAAGAUCUGUCGCGAAUCCAUCUACCUCUCGUCAUUGACGACCGCUUCGUCUCAGAAUUGUUGGAAUGGAACAGACAUCGGUUCCUACACCAACGGUGACUGUCUCGGUUGUGAUGAAAGCGAUUACUCUAACGCAAAGCCCUCCCAAUGGUCGUCCUCGAAUAACCGUGCUGGUUUUACCUGGGCAUCAGUUGAAGGUGACUGCAGAGCCAAAGAGGUUGAAGGAGCCUCAAAGGCGCUAAUGGAAAUCAACUGUCGAUUAAAACAAACGUUUCCUGGAGCAGAAAUUGGGAAGAAAAUCGAUACGAGCGGAUGGCAUCAAAUAUCAAAACUGUCGGACGAGAACGUGGGCAAGUCGACGAAUGCAAAGCCGUCGGUGCAUUUUUCAACUGCCUCGCACCUUUCACAAAUUUGUGUAGCGCUUCUUCUCGCUCGGGAGUUCGUCUGA